GUGAGAUCUCAACACAUGCAAGGGAAAAAAUAAAAUAAAAAUGGAGACACACUAUUUGAAAAUAACACCACUGGUUUUUCUUCUGCUUAUAUCUCGACUAUGGACGAAUGCGAGGGCAGAUCUUGUAGAAGACGCUUGUAGCCAAGUUUCUACUGGCAAUUACGAUCUCUGCAUAUCAUCAUUAAGGUCGGACCCCAGCACCAACACCAGCACUGAUGUGAAAGGGCUGGCAUAUGUCAUGCUUGGGGUGCUUAAUGCGAAUGCAACAGCUAUUGUCUCCCGAGCGAGUGAAUUACUUAACAAGACUGAUGAAUCAGUUAUUCAGCAAUGUCUUGACGAUUGUGCAAUUGGGUACUCCAAAGUAACUGCGGAUUUCAUUAAGUUGGCUUAUGGCUUUCUGAAUUCAAGUGAUUACGGAAGUGCUGUGGAUCAAACGUCAUCCAUGGUUGAAACCGCAGAAGACUGCGAGGACUGCUUCGUUGGGCCGCCGAGUGUCCGCAAAUCGCCGAUCACUGCUGCAAACAACGUUUUUGAAAAACUAGCUACAAUUGCUGGUGACAUCAUCGCUAUUCUAGGUUAAUUAUGCACUCCUUUGUAAUCUUUUCUUAUAGAAAAAUAAAUAAUUACAAUCUCUUUUAUUUUUAAAG